GUAUGACAGACUAAACAGAUUUGGAGUGUGUUCCCCGUACUGUGUCACCACUGAUGUUGUAACAUCCAUGGGAAAGUUAUACCCACAGUUGAUUACAGAUGCUGCCAAUGAGGGUAAACAUAUAAGGUUGAUAGGUGAUAACCUUAAUAUAAGUGUAGGAACCAGCCAUGAAUCAUCAACAAAUCAUAGACAUAUGGAGCAUAUGUUUACAUCAACAUGCCUUGUGAAUGACCAUGAUUUUAUUGGCAAGCCAGAAGUUCCUGAAAUCAAUUUAGAAGAUUUGUCUAUAGAACAACUGCUGUUAAGUAAAGAAGAGUACUGUCAAAUAAGAACAGAUAUAACAUACAUGGUCACCAAGACAAUAUCUAAAUAUCUUCCGCAUCUGAAUAUGUUACAAAAGUUCAUACCAAACACUGUCAUCCCUGAAGGAGAAUUUAACAAAACAAAGAAAACAGUAACAAUUCCUUUACCAUGUCUGCCAUUUAAUGAGCAGAAGUACCAAGACGAUGUUCAGAUUUUGGACUGGUACCAGGCUUUAUUUGAAAAAGUGAUUGAUAAUAGUACAUUAGCCCAAGAUACAAAGUUUCAGAUAGGAGGGGAUCAACUGACAAGAGAACGACUGUCCGAGGCCCUUCUCUUAAGGCUUGACAAUCUGGAACCUCACGACAGAUUUGCAAACAUUGGCCGUGUUACAGCUGAGUUUUUCCACUUGAGUAUGAAUUUACUGGAGAAGGGUUGCUUUGGGGAAUUAUGGUCAAAAGAAGAAGAUGUUGAACUAGGAACAAUGAGGGGAGAAUGUGAAAGAGUCAGUAGGAAGGAGGUUGAUCCAAAUGUUAUGAAGGCUUAUGAUGAGGACAAAAGGUUUGCAAUGAAUUAUCUAGAUUCAGUUACAGUGGAAGCUGCACUGGACUUCUUUGAUAUGGAAAAUUUCAACUCGAUACCAAACAAGCUACCUCCCAAAGACAAUGCCUUAGACUGGAUAAAAGAAAACAUAGGAAAAAUGGUUGAUAAGUAUGUCUUUCCUGCUUGGAGUGGAGAAACACAGCAAACAUUACUUACUGAAGAAAACAAAGAAACACACGAGACUUUGGAAUUGAAACUUGCUGAUGGGUCCAAAGUGAAGAUACCAAUAGGGAAAGGAAAGCACAUUACAGCAAGAUCUCCACAGCCAGAUAAAGUCAAAGACUAUAUGCAUCUUUCCAUGGAGAUUCUGAUGAUAUUCAAGUAUAUGCAAGAAUUGCUGAAAAUGCCAGAUAGAGACCGUUUCUUGGCACUUUUAAAAAUGAUCUUGAUCAUUUUAAAGGGUCACAGCAAUAAAGCUAAGUACCCUAGGGAAAUCCUUAGAAUGCUUAUUCAGCAAUAUUCAGUCAUGGGUUUAAGAGAAGCAUGCAUGGUUUUCCAAGCAUGUUUUGUUAACACCAAAGGAAAAGUAGACAGUCAUGUACCAGCUGAUCUGGUACAAGAAUGGAAUGUAAAAGAAUCAAAACUUCACAUUAAACAUAUGUUUUCAAAUAAAAAUGAUAAAAACAUUGUUAAUAAAACUGCUGCAUUGCCAUUAAUUCAUUGCAUUGCAGAAAACAUGGAUAAUGAAAUUGGUACAAUUGUAAGAUCCAAACGGCACAAAAAGAAGGACAGUGAUGAUGAUGAAUUGUUAAUGAUUGAAGACUUUAGACAUAUAAGGCCGUUUCAGCAUAAAGAGGGGAGAUUUUUCAAAGGCUUUAAAAAUGUUAAAAGAUCAAUGAUAGAGAAAGUUGAUGGUUUUAAUCUAAGGCAAUGGUUUGAAGUUAACAAAUACAGUUUUUAGUCUGUGUUGCAACAUGAAAGGAGUCUUGAUUGUUAUGCCCUGGCCAUUUAAAGAAUAGUAGAAUGGCAUUAAGUAUUUUGCCUUGCUGUGUGCGAUUUUGUGUGAGUCUGUGCAAGUAAUUGGUUUUCCAGUCAAUUAAUCAUUAAGGAUGAAUAGCUCUAAUUUAAAUUUGGUACACAGGUAUAUCAUAAUGUGUAGGUCAAGUUUGAUUUCAGAUACAAUCCGCCAGAUUAUGAAUUAGUUCUGGCCUUUUUUGACUAAAUUUUUGGCAAUUGUUUUUGGCAUCUUUUCUUCAAAAACUUUUUUUUUCAUUUUCAAAAUAAUUUUACAAACAUGUUACUUAGAUGACCAUAUGCCAAAAAUAUUUGUAAUGUUUUGAUUUGCCACAAGAGCUAAAGAAAGAAAAAUAACCAAAAUGUUACUUGCAUCAAACACCAGUUUGAUUCGGAAUUUAUUUGAAAGAAA